CAGGCCAGAGUAUAUAUACGUCAUCGAUGUGCGACGUAGCGUGCAAGACUGUGAAGGACGCUAACUAGAAGCUUGGGAUGAAGUAAAGCUUUGUCAGGAGGACGUUAUGAUGGCGGUGUCCUGUCUAACUCGAGCUCUGCGCUCCCUCACUGUGUCUCAGCCUGUUCUAUUCUCCUCUCAGGCAUUAGCACAGACUAAGCUGGGAACUCAGGUGCCCAGUACAGUUGAACAGUGCAGAGGUUUCCUCACCACAGCCUCUCUGGAGCAGAACAGGACAUACUGGAAGCACAGGGAGAAGUACACCAUCAGGCCUAUAGGAAUGAAAAAGACAGGAGGUCGAGAUCACACAGGAAAGAUACGGACGCAUGGCAUUGGAGGUGGUCAUAAACAAAGAUACCGGUGCAUAGACUUCCAGCGACUAAACUAUGAACCUGACAAAGAGGGCCAGCCCUUUGAAGAGAAGGUUGUGGAAGUGCGAUACGAUCCAUGCAGAUCUGCUGACAUUGCCCUGGUAGCUGGAGGCAAGCGUAAAAGAUGGCUCAUUGCCACAGAGAACAUGCAGGCUGGAGACAUCAUUAAAACAUCAGGAGUCAUUGGACGAAUGGCAGUUUCAGCCAAUGAAGGUGAUGCCUACCCACUGGGUGCUCUUCCUGUGGGGGCAUUGGUGAACAACCUGGAAAUACAACCAGGAAGAGGAUCACAAUACAUUCGUGCUGCAGGCACAAGUGGUGUUUUGCUCCGCAAAGUAAACGGAACAGCAAUUGUUCAGCUUCCUUCAAAGCAGCAGGUUCAGGUACUGGAGUCCUGCAUGGUAACAGUGGGACGUGUGUCCAACGUUGACCACAAUAAACGGAUCAUUGGCAAAGCAGGUCGCAAUCGCUGGCUUGGGAUCCGGCCUUCGAGUGGCUUGUGGAAGAAGAAGGGAGGCUGGGCAGGACGCAAGAUUAAACCGCUGCCUCAGAUUAAGAGUUACACCAACCUGCCUUCGAUCUCAGCUCAAUGACACAACAUGAGUCUAGACAAGCUUGGAACUGGAGAUUAUUUCCUCCUUAUCUUGUAAUAUACUGAUCCUCCCAAUAAAAUAAAAUCCACGUGUGUGUAUAUAAAAAAAAAAGUGAACAACAAAACUUUGUAUAGAAGGUUAAAAAUUUUAUUAAACACGACUGCUUGUGAGAGCAUGGAAAGAAACAAAACAAUAUAAAAAUCCAAAACAUAUUUACAUCUAUAGUAAAACAUGCAGAGUAACCCAUAUUUUUAGUGGUAGAUUUAAAAAUACUGUCAUAUUUAAAAUAGGGUUUGUGCAAAGACACUGGGUGGCAUUUAAAGUAACAGGAGCAAUGAGAUGGCAUGUUGUAAUCUGAUCAUUAAUGAACAUUAAUAUCGAUAUUAAAGAGCAUGUUUUUUUGCAGUGGUUAAUUAUGAUAAAGUGAACAUGCCUGCUCAUUGAUCCAGCCUUGUAGAAUGCCCCCAUGCUACCUCUAGAUUUAGGGGAGAAAGGAAAAAUAAAAUUUGAGGUCAAAUACACUGAAAUAUACUUGUCAUUAUGCCCAUUUAGUAUUUAGAAGGCUUCCAUGACAAAUUCCCUCAAACAGCUCUGCCCUGGUAAACAUGUCACAGGCCAGGUUUACACAUAUGUUAAGGGCCUGCUGGUCUGACAGAGAAGAUAGUUAACCCCUCAAAAAGCAGGAGGCAAAAAAAAAA